GAUUACCUUGAUUUGCACUUAGUUAUAGCAUUUAUUACACACAAAUAUUCACCCACCAUGGGCAACACAAGAUCCGUGAUCGAUCCUGCAUGCUUACAGAUGUUCAGUUUGAGCGCGGAAUAUAAACGCAAUGUAAAGGUGUGCUGGAAUGACAUCUACUUCAACCAGCAGAAAAAGCUGAUGAAGCAGUUUUUGGUGCUCCAGAGUCAGAGUGCGGCUGGGCUUGUUUCUCCCUACAUCACCGUGGAGGACAUGAGCGACUAUCUCGUGCUUCAAAGAAGCAAGAACCAAGAAAGACUCAGGAAGGCACCAUCACAGAAAGGGAACAACCUUGCUUAUGUGACGUGGCUGGUGGAUACCAAUCUCAUGAUGGGAGACAUGGAGUUCCAGGCUGCCAGAGAGCUGAUGAAUGACCUCAGCAUGCCUGUCGAGUCACUAGGCUCCACUGACCUCUCCUACCUCAACCCGGAGAUCCGUGAUGAGGUUCAGAGAGCUCUGAGGAACAUCUCUCGUAGUCUGACCUUCCAGCCGAGCUCAAGCCUGAGCAGCACUUCUGAGGUGGUGCUGGACCUGGUCCUCCGACUGCUCCAGGUCUUGUGGCCCCUGCUGGCUGCAGGACCCUGUGAUAGAGCCUCCAUUGGUCUGAGUGACACGUGCGUGAGCAUAGUGCUGGCUGUGCUAGAGAAGCUGUCAGCAGCUCUGAAGAGCCCCGCCCCCCAGGUUCACUACUUCCGGGCCACAGGGAUCCGCCUGGCGCGCUCCCUCCUCACCAAGCUCUGGUGUCUGACCACCCCAAAGGAGCUGAGGAGAGCCAAGUCCGCCAGGAGCUCCAAACUGAUCCGCACCAUCGCUGGAGCUGUGACCGUCGAGGUCCAGAGGCUGUUUGAAGCCCCUCCAGACUUCAUCCCCGUGGGCUCUGUCUACAGAUGGCUGUCUGAGACCAGAGCCAAUAGGAGCAGAGCUGCUCCCAGAAAGCCUGACGUGCUGGUGGUGCACUCAGACACCCUGAAGAAUCUCCUGGGUCUGUCCGUCAUCCAGGCGUACGAUGGAAAGAUGGGGAAAGAGGUCAUAGACCUGCAUGACUGGCCCCUGCUGGAUGACGUGGUGAACCAGCUGACUCAGUCUGGGGUCAAGGUCACAAAGAACAAGGAAGAGGUCACCUGGCACCUUGACCUGGACGAUAUCCUCACCAUGGUGACCAACAUCCACAACUGUGCUCACCAGUUCUCAGGAACCAAGACCAUCCUGCAGUUUGCCCUGUCUGCCAGAGCCAACCUGCUGUCCAGGCUGAUAGCCCAGCAGAUGGUCAGGGGGCUCCUGAAGGUGAAGGACAAACUGAACCAGGAUGACGAGGAGGAAGAAUCCCCAGAGCGGUGUCAGUUUAACACAGACCCUGACAUGGUCCUCAAACACAUCAUCAUCAGCUUCCUGGAGAAGCUCUACCCAGCCUCUGAGGGGCUGGGAGAAGAUCUGGUGGCCAAGUUCCUCUCUCUGGCUGGUCAGCUUUGCACAUUAGUCCAUAACAUCGUGGCCAGAUCUCACAAGAGCAGAACCUUCCGUCAGGAGCUGGCGAAGCAGAAGAACUCUAGAAGAUCUAUGGGGAGUACUGCAAGAAGUUCUCAGGAUCAGGACAGAUGUCUGGUGGCGGCCAACAUGGUGUCUAACCUCCUGGGGCACCUCCAGCCUCGGCUGUCCCGCUCAGCCACCCAGUUUGACCUGAGCUCCUCCUCUGAGUCCCGGGGCUGGGCCCAGCCUGAGGGAGGAGGCAGGGGGUGGCAGGGGGGGCUCGCCUGCUGCUGCAACGUGUCCAAUGAGGACAUGGAGGUCUACACCAUCUCAUCUCCACUCAGGAACGACAUCUGA